AUUCUGGACUUCUGGAUAACCAGUCCUUUGUGUCUCCACUGGUAUUAGGAUGAUGUCAACACUGCUGUCCUAGAUUUGUAGGAUAUUAGGGCCUUUUAGCAUUGUUGCAUGACAGACCAUCAGGGGGUGUAAUGGUCAAGGAUGCACAACUUGACAAUAUCCCUCUGAUGUAUCAGGUGGUGCCUUUGUUCCUCUGAAAUGUGGGAAUUAAACUGACUUGCUUCACUUAGAUGUACUGUUGGAUACGUUUGUUAAAAUGUCAACAAAACAGACGGACCGGGGAUCCGAGUGGUGUUUCCCCGCUGUGUACGGUCUGUCCCUCCGGUGCUUCGUUUCAAUUGCGUUUGAAUCGCAGAAUGGGGUGGUCUGAUUGGCUGUCCGGGGCGUCAGCUAUGUGCGCAUGCGCACUUCUCUUCAAAGGCUGUAAACGGAAAAGAGGGCUUUGGACCAGAGCACCGGCGUUUGGUGAGUAUCGACUAGUUAACUUACCGGGAUGCUUGUAUUUAGCAAAGAGGACGGCAUCCUUCCAUGGCGGUGACACAGGCCGCCGUCUCUAAGCAGACGUCUGUUUGGCUACUACCUGCGUACUUAACAAAGAACUGCGCCUGGCUUAUCUCACGUGUAUUUGCUUGUUAAGUGGAUGCAGUUGGGUGAGUUUGUGCGUUUUCCUAAACUAAAGCGGGUGCUGGGUGGGGCCAGAAAAACCAACGUUGUUUUGUUUUGUUUAUCCUUAAUAAACUAGAAAUGUGGCGUUUAGAAACGAUACCCUGUGCAUAUUUUCCGGGCUACACUAGUGUCAGGCUUCUGUCCCGGUUGUACGUUACGCUGGACGUCCGGGAUUCGUUGCUGGACAUGGAUCCGUGUUUCGGGCACCAGUUUGAGGUAUCAGACCGCCCCCUUCAAACUGCCUCUUUCUAACCACCUGGAUAGGAGUGCAGUGUAUGACACAAAAUGUCUUUAAAUUAUUUGAAAUAUUGGUUAUGUUAUGAAUCUGCCUUUUGGUUUUAUUUGGAAAAUACGAUUCAGCGUUGCUGGGUCUCUGUAGUAGAACACAAUAAAAAGUUUGUUCUUGUGUCACCUGUUCUAGCUAAUCCUCGUUAUUUGUUUCACACGACCUUUGCAGCCAUAGUCCAGCCGGCACCAUUUAUAGCCUGUUGACGUUUCCGUAAAAUAUGCAGCUCCGGUGAGCGUGACGCCUCUCACCUUCCUGCCCGGCUCACGUCGCGCCGUUAGGCUCAGGAUCACACGGACAAGUGCCCAUCCGGACAUAAAGUAGUAAGCUGCCCCUCCUGACCUCAGAGCUAGUAGCAUGGACAGCCUGGAGGAGGACCUCACCUGCUCCGUGUGCUGCUCUCUCUUCAGUGACCCACGUUUGCUUCCCUGCUCCCACACUUUCUGCAAGGCCUGCUUGGAGAACGUGCUACAGGUGUCUGUUAACUUUUCCAUCUGGCGCCCUCUCCGCAUCCCCCUCAAAUGCCCGAACUGCCGCAGUGUGGUAGAGUUGCCCCCCUUGGGUGUGGACGGCCUCCCUGUCAACAUCUCCCUGCGUGCCAUCGUGGAGAAGUUUCAAUGUGAUGGCCACCCCCGUCCGGCCGCCUGCCCUGAGCACCCCCGGCAGCCGCUCAACGUCUACUGUAUCCAGGACCGCAAGCUGGUCUGCGGGUUCUGCCUGACGGUAGGGCAGCAUCAGGGCCACCCCAUCGAUGACCUGGACACAGCUUAUGUGAAAGAGCGCGAAGCCCCGGCUCGUCUGAUAGAGCAGCUGACGGACAAGCGCUGGGCUGAGGUGUGUGCCCUGGUGGAUCAGCUGGAGCAGGAUAAGGAACGUUGUGAGAGGCUGCUGCAGCAGGACCGUGACGCAGUGGUCCAGUUCUUCGGCAGCCUGGAGCUGAUCCUGGCCCAGAAGAAGGAGGCUUUCAUGGAGGCGCUGGAGGGGGCCAGUGGGGAGCUGCAGCGCGCUUACGAUCCGCUGAUUGAGAAGCUGAAGGACAUGAAGGAGGAGCAGCUAGACCUCAUUUCCUACAGCACAGCGGUGGAGGGGGAGGAAUCCCCCCUCGCCUUCCUGGAGAAGGUCCACGUCUUCCGGGAGAGGGUGGAAGCCUUGAUCAGAGCACCGCUGCCCAGGCCGACGGUCCUCUGCACCCACCCUCGGGCCGCUGAGUUCCUGGAACAGCACUGGGCUGGGGUGACUGUCACUGAUUUGGAGCAGGGUCCAAUUCCCCAGAUCACAUGUUGCAUACAGGGCUGCGGUCAGAAGGAGGCCCCCCCCUCCACUUGGCUACAGCCAAAUCCUGCCCCCCCAGUGCCUUCCACUGUCCUGCUUGUGCUCCUCCUGUGUCUCGUACUGUUUGGUCUGAGCUACAUGUACGCGCUGCCCGUCUCCCUUCCUGGUCUGCCUCGAGCGAGUCAGGUGCUUCAGGCUGUUCUGCAUGAACUGACUGGCCACGUCUGCUUGCUACAGGAGACCAUGGUGUACCUGCAGUCCAUGGUUGGAGAUAUGGUUCUCAAAUGCAGGCUUCUCCUGUCCUCCCUUGGAGAAACUACAGGGUAUUAUUUAGGCACCAUCUACAAGCUGUUCUGAUUCUCGGGGAAAGAGGGUUAGUGCACGAAUUUGCCCACGAAAUAAUUAUAUUCUUUGAUUAGUAUUUUUUUUUGUAGUGCCUACCAGCACCUAUCAGUACCUCCUGUCAACCAGAUUUAUCUUGCCAAAUCAACCCCCCACUCUUUCUACACUAACCGACCAGAACCUCUGUGGUGUAUCUUUGUAACUUUGACUAAAAAAUUAAAUCUUUUUUAUAGUGUUUCUUAUUGUAAAUCUUAUAAAUUGUCCAGGAAUGCUUAUAUAAUCACAUGCCUUUAGAGAAUUUGCACAUUGAAAAACCUUCCCAGAAAAAAAGACCACAGCUUUUUCUUGCACUCUAGAUGAAUUAACCAGUUACUGAGGCCUGGACAGCACAGGCAACAAAAUACUGUACCUGCCCAUCAGUGUUUACAGCCCUUUUACACAUCAUUCCACUCCAACACAUCUUCAGCAUCUGAUUCAGCUGGAGCUGAACUGAACCUAUGACGGUUCUGAAAUCUCUCCACUCUCCUAGAACUAUAGUCAUACACUAGCUUGGUUGAGAGUCUUGGUUUGGGAAAAGAAAAAAAAAAAUUUAAUAAGCUGGAAAUUGAGGUGUGUUAUUUCAUGCUUAGAUAUCACUGGUCCUAAUUUCUGAAAGUUGUAAACAUUACUCUUAUCGUUUUAAAUGAAUAAAAAAAUCACACUUCA